AAAAAAGGAGUUAUGGAGCAGCUCAAGUAGCCUGAUAGGCAGGCCCAGCUAAAGAGUAGAAAUAGCACUUGCUCUACCAUUCGGCCCGCUCUUUGCCGCCUCCUUUGAAACCCUAGAAAGUGUAACUGUAGAGUAAAGGAGUUGGAGCAGCAAAAAUGUCGGACAAAACUAAAGGAAGAAAAGAGGAAGUGGUUACUAGAGAGUACACCAUCAACCUCCACAAGCGCUUGCAUGGCUGCACAUUCAAGAAGAAGGCCCCUAAUGCUAUCAAAGAGAUCCGUAAGUUUGCACAGAAAGCAAUGGGAACAAAGGAUGUCAGAGUGGACGUGAAGCUGAACAAGCUCAUCUGGAGCAGGGGAAUCAGAAGUGUUCCAAGGAGGGUCAGAGUUCGUAUUGCUCGCAAGAGGAAUGACGAUGAAGAUGCGAAGGAGGACCUCUACUCUUUGGUUACAGUAACUGAGAUCCCACCAGAGGGAUUGAAGGGGCUUGGCACUAAGAUCAUUGAGGACGAAGAUUAAGCUAUCUAUCAGUAGUGGAGAAUGAUUAAAAAAAAAUACAUGAUGUUUUUGUAAUUCUUUGAGACUGAUCAAUUUUGUUAGGAAACUUAAUUUUGUUUUUUUGGAUCAUCCUAUUUGCCAUCAGUUUAAUUGAAUCAUCUUUUCUGUUCUUCA